GUAUUAUACAUUACCUUUUAAUGGCGGAUUGUUUUUGGAGACCGAGUAACUUUAAAAGUUAAUAAGUUGGUUUAAGUACCAUUAUCACGUUGACGAAUUAUAACAGGUCGUGUGUAAACUGUGUAUGGGACUUAAAAAACAGUAAUGAAGAAUGGCUGUAGAGCACAGUAUCACUGGAGAAUUCAGCAAACUGUGUUCCUUAUUCACACCUGAAAAGAAAAGGGCUGUUUUGGGGCAGCCUCUACAGACUCGCAGCCAAAUCAGGACCAGAUUGAAACGAAAACUCUACAAUUCUCUUUUUACAUUCCUGAAUGAUAAACAAAGGAAUGCACAUUCUCCGGUCAGGAAUGAUGUGGAAGACAUAAAAACAGAGCUGGGUUGGAUUAAAUUAGGCUUGCAGAGAAGGCGGAACUUUGAUGAUGCGAAUCGACUGCAGGCUUUGCUGGAAGCAGUGGAGGAUAUGAAUGACCACAGCGAGUCAGAGAGUGUGUUCAUGGUUCUCAAAGUUCUGUUGUUGCUAAGGAACACGGCUCCUACAAAAGCCCCUGACGUCCUGGGACACUCCAAACUGAAUCUGCCUCUUAUCCAAAGAAGGGGAUUCGAUCCAGAGCUGCCAGAUGGGCCUCUCAACUAUGGAGACACACAGCUACUGCAGUCCAGCAGGUUCCACUACAUGCACUACUCCAGAUCUUUGUUUGAAGCAGAGCCAAUGGAAAUUACAAGUCAUAUCAAUAAUCUGUGCGACAUGUCACCGGGCAGUGGUCUGCAUGGAAACGGGCUGUUCCUGGUGCAGGGUUGUUUGGGAGACCAACAUGAGCAGAACACAACCCUGUCCCUGUUUGGUGGCCUGGUGCAGUCCCGUACCAGCCAUAUGGACGUACGACUGACACUGCCGGAGCUGCCGGAGGCGGAGUCCAGAAUGCUGGAAACAAGGAUUCCUAAGGCCUACUCAUCUUACAGCAUUGAGCAGGUGGACGAAGGGUUCAAGUCACAGGAGGAGAGUGUGGCCAGCUCCCCUCACAGCCCUGACGACCCCUGGGCUGACCUCUCACUGGACUCAGCCUUCCAGGCGGACUAUGACACCAGCGUGUACGAUCGAUGUCUCACUGAGCAGGUGUCACUGCACUAUACAUGGGAGACCAUUGGCCUUGGCCCUGGUCCCCGUACAAAACCGUUCCUGAUGCAUGGUGGGCCCAGGGCGUUUGACCACUGGUACGGUCACAUGACCCAGUCCCUGAGGACAGCGUUCCCGUCGAUGAAGAUCACUGAGCGUCACGAGAUCAGUCAGGCGGAACUGGUCAACGAAAUCCUCAAUGUCCUCAUUGCCGUGCCAUCUGUGAACUUUAUGAUAGACCUGACUGACCAGUGUUUCAUCCAGCGAGAAGGCCUGUACGUGUCAGGGGUCUCGCCUGAGGGCCUACAGAGUCUGCUAGAGGACUUCCUGGCCUGUGGCAUGUACUAUCACAGACUGGGGGUGUUCUCUAUGGCGCCCGAGAUCAACUCUUUCUACAAGGCUGGUCUCACGUUUCUAGCCUUCACAGAUGCAGUACAGAUGGUGUUGCAGUAUUACAGAGGAGUCAUUCUGUCUGUGGACCGAUGUAAGACCCUGCUACAGCUUAGAGUAACCCUCCAGAAUGUUUUCCAAGAAAUCAGGUUUCUUGCCUGCCUGUGCCAUUGCCUGGAUCCCGUCACAGAUGAAACAAAGGAUCAAUACCCAAAGGGUAUCCAGCUGCUGAGUUACCUGUAUGACCAGACGCUGGAGGCCUCCUUCACAGACCACUACCCUGUCAUGUUGGCCUUGCUCAAACAUGCCUGCACACCCUACCUGAUUUUUGUACAGGAGUGGGUAUACCAUGGAGUGUACAGAGAUGCAUACGGGGAGUUCCUCACUCAAGUCAAUGAUGACUAUCUCCAGUUCAAAGACAAGCACUACUGGACUCAUGGCUACACGCUGGCCACAGACAGGAUAGAUGACAGUGUGCCUCUGUUCCUGAGGGACCUGGCCAGGGACAUCUUUGUGUGUGGCAAGUCCAUCAACCUGCUCAAAGCCUGCAACAGACAGCAUUUCUUCUGUGAUAUUGAAGACCAGUAUAUUCCUCGCAUGCAGCUCACAUUCUCUGAAAUGGAGCUGCGCGUUACGAGAGACCAGUGUGCAGCAUAUGCCAGUCGUAUGACCCAGAUUGCUGCCCAGGCAUCUCUUUCAAGAAAGGAGAGGAAGGAGAGACUUGAGAGAGCCAAGCAUGACCUGGUGGUGACGGCAAGGAAGGCUGCUGCUGCAGAACUCAAACGACUGGAAGACAAGAUUAAACAAAGGAAAAAGGCAGUUGCAGAUAAGAAGAAGAAGGAGCUGUCAUUCCUCAAGAAUCAGAUGGUGGAAGACCUGCAGAGACGCAAACAAGGGAAGACAGACCAGAAGGCAGAGGACAAGACCUACAUGGACGGAGUGGUUAACAGAGAGCUGGCCAUGGAUGAGAGGCAGCUGGAGUUGGAGAGACAAGCCAGGGAGGAGCUAGUACGCCAGUACAGCCAGCUGAGUGAGGAUGCGGCGCGCAGGGAGCAGAAGGCCCUCUGGAGGGUACGAAGGUCACGGCUUGAUAGGGAGAGGACAGACUUCCUGCUAGAACAGGACGCCAUGUGGGCCCAGGAGAUGGAGAAAUACAGGCUUGACCCGUCAUCUGCAUCAGAAGUUGGACUCCCACCAGUCCGACCUGCUAGCCCAGUGCCACUGCCAAGGUGGGCAGAGCGUGGUAUCCAAGGCAACACUAUACAGGUCGUCGGGGAGGAGGAGAGUGGUGAUACUGGUGUCCCCGGGGACCUGUUGGAGGCAACAGACGGGGAUCUGCCUAACUGGGCCAGGAAAGGCCUCGAAAAGUAUGCCAUAAGAAGCCCUUCUCCAACUAAAGGUUUACAGCUUCGUUCACCUUCACCUGUGAUGGGCAAGAAAACAAGACGUAGUCUGAACACGUCCUUUCAUGUGAGUGAUGAGUCAGAGGAAUCCAUACAGAAACCCGCCAUUCAGGUAUUUACUCACAUGCAUGCAUCAAAAGAAUCCUCGGAAGAGACCACUUCUUCAAAACCAGCCACAAAAGCAGUCAGCAAUCAACACGCUUCCAAGGAAACAGAACCAGAACCGGACGCUCGCCCGCACAUCAAGUCAGUUGGUGACCAGCAUAUAUCGCAGCAGAGUAGUGGGCAACCGGACAUCCGGCCACACAUCCGGUCUUUCGGGGACAGGCAUGCAAACACCCGCUCUGAUAAGCCGGAGUAUGAUGCCGUACCAAGAAUGAAACUUGGAGUGAUGCAUUCUGGGACAGAGUCCCAGCCAAUGGAAUGGAAAAUAAAGAAACAGAGUGUGUUUGGGCAUGUGUCUCAGCUAAGUGAACAACAUGACUUCUUCUUGCCAAAGUUAAAGAAAUCAACAAUGUUUUCAGCUUCAAAGGAAUCUGAUUGGAACGUGGAUUAUCAUAUCAAGCCAAAAAUAAGGAUUAACAGAUUACAGACGGCCAAUACAGAGUCUGUAGAAACAGACGAUGUGCCGAGGAGAGCAAUAAAAAUGAGUGACAAGAUGUCCGCCACGAAAGAGUCAGAGCAUGUGGACCAUGAUGCAAAGCGUCUGAAGAUUUUUAAGGAACGCAACAUUCAUGGUCACACAGCCGACUCCAGUGUACAGCAGCUUCUAUAUGUGGGCAUGUUUGGCAAGACCUUGAAGGAAGUAGAACAUGGUCCAGAGGUGAAAGUUGUGCCCCCAUUAGAGAAGAUCGAGUGGCUUACAAGGGAGGUAACUCCAUACCAGGACAACUUUAACUUCCUUGGUAACCCUCCCCAGGUAAAUUUGCUGUCUCACCUACCAGAUGUGCAGUAUGGUAGCUAUGGCAACUACGUGGGUAAUCAUGGAGAUAUUGCUGGCUACCUGUACCUGCCUUUGUCUGCCAUUCUAAGAUGUUCAGUCACAUCUGCUCUGGAAAUGCAGGUAUCCCUGGUGAACAAGAGCCUGGUGGAUUACUUCCUGUCAGAUCUGCAGAUCGAGGACCAUUUCCUGGCCCUCAGACGCUACCUGUGUAUGGGGGAUGGAGACUUCUCAGAGAUACUCUGUGAUCUGCUCAUGGAAAAGCUUGGGACCAACCCCAGACCAAGGGACCUUAUCAACCCUAUGUUUCUUAACAACUGUCUGAACAAGGCAGUCAGACUGUCGGUGAAUGCUGAGGACAAGUAUGCUGACAAUGUGAGCUUCAUUCUCAAAUACCUGCCCCGGGUCAUGGAACAAACCGCACCCGACGUGUUUGAUUGUAUUCAGCUUCACUAUGAGGUGGGCUGGCCACUGAACAUUGUGAUCACAGAGAACAGCCUGGACAAGUACUGCCAGGUGUUCUCCUUUAUGCUGCAGCUUAAACGGGUUGUGUGGGUGCUCAAGGAUGUCUGGAACAGACUCAAGAGGGACGGUCUGGUUCACAAACUGGCUCAGGUGUUUGAGUUUAGAGAACUCCAUCUCUACAGGCAGGAGAUGCAGCUCUUUGUGAAAGUCAUGCAGGAGUACAUAUCCCACCAGGUGAUCAAUGUGACGUGGCAGGAGUUUCAGACAGCGCUGGCUACCACUGUACACAGCCUUGAUGACCUCCAUGCUGCACACAACACGUACCUGGAUAAUGCUCUCUUUAGGUGCCUAUUGACAAAGAACGCUGCAUCAUUGAUGAAGAUCAUACAGGACACAUUCCGCCUGAUCCUGAUGUUCCAUGGCCAGCUGUCAGCGGGAGGCUGGGUGGUGAACAAGCAGGGGGUCCAGACACACAGGAACUACGCCAAGAUGAAACACUCCUACAAGGGCUUCCAUGACCACUCCAGGUUCUUGUUCACAGUGGUUAGCAAGCUCGCUGAUAGAGGGUACCAGCCUCAUCUUCAUGACCUCUUACUUAGACUCAACUUCAACCACUACUACGAUCAGUAGAGCAGGGAGCCAGUCUGUUGUUGACAGAGGGUACCAGCCUCAUCAUUAUUACCUCCUACUGAGCUCUGGGAGCCAUUCAAGAGUCAAACGGCUGGGACGCAAAACCUGUUGAGACUGAACUUUUACUGUGAUCAAUAAAGGACAAGAACCCGUCUUGAGACAAAUAGCGGGAUCAUAAAGGGCAAGGCAGCAGACUUGCUGUGAAUUAACUUAAACCUAUUCUGUGGCUAGAACCCUUAUUAAACUGUUUAAUGAUAUCUUUUAUCAACAGUUUAUGGGACAACUUCUAUUUAUGUGACAUUAUCAAUCAGAACCAGUGACAUUGUGUUUGCCAUCACUGUAUUAGCAUAACCAAAAAGAUUCAUGUCUUGUUUGGAAUCUCAUAAGGAGUUGUAGCAUCUCAUUUGUAAUAUGUCCUAGUUCACAGAUGAUACUUAUCGUGCGUAACAAUGUAUUUAUUUAUUUGUUUGUAAUAAUUGAAACAUUUAUGAAUGCCAUUAUGUAUUGCUAUGAAACAAAACCUAGUUAUUUCUGGUUUCUUUGAAAUAAAUUAUGUCAAGUUAAUAGAAAUAAACUGCAUGUUAAUCCA